UAUUGACCAGCCUAUUGGUGACCUGGCCAUUGGCUCGGCCAGCGACAUGCUCCCACAUGCUCGCCACUUUGCACUUCCGAAAGUGACAAAAUUAAUGGUUUCCGCCGACGCUGUCGACAUUUUGUCGAGUGAGAGACAUUGAGAAAAUGCUCCAAAGUAGUGCAAAAUGAAGAAGUCGCAAACGGAGGCCCCAAAGCAAGCACCAGGACGAGCAGGACCUGGGCCCUCUCGACCAGUCACAUUACCAUUUCUCUUGGCCAUGCUCAUUUCUGGGCUCUGGCUUGACGUUGAAUCGGUUGGCUGGUUAUUUUAAUGCCGCCCCUACUCUCCGGAUGCCCGGAUGGCUGGAUGGCUGGCACCUCGGGUGAGUAAUGUGCCUGGGUUGUCAACUUUACACUUUUAUCCCUCGCAUUAUAUUUGCUUUACCUACACAAACACUCACACUCAGCCACCCAACCGAACCGAAGCGAACCACACACCCUGUGUGUGUGUGGAGUGAUAUGUUUUCCUGAUACUUUUUCUCAAGUUGUAAAUUGGCUUAAAAAUAAUUUGUCAAAGCAUUUCAGCCGCGGAGUUGGGAGAUGCCAUGCCUAAGAUGGGAAUUGGAGUUGGGACUUGGGGCGCGGAACGUCGGUAUCUCCUUGUGCCGAGCCAUUUUCUUGUCACAAUAUUUGGACCCUCGCCUGCUGGAGUAAAAUUCCUUUAAAGAAACGCAUGUGCGCGUCUUCAUAUCCAAUUAGAAAAGUUUUCCUUCGACUGCUUCGUAAUUGUGUUGAUUAGUGCGGCUCGCUGGGUUGCUCCCGAGUGGGUGGCGGCUGGGAUUCGGGCGGAUUCUCCUCCUAAUACCCUGCUGUUGACAAAAGAAGCCUUCUUGGAUGGGUGGUGGCUGGGCGGAUUGUGCGUUCCCAGCUGCUGGCACUUUAAAAAGAAAUGCGCAUUAAAUUCGAUUGGCAAUCGUCUCACACUCUCCCUGAAUGGGCUUUUUCUUUACGGCUUACACAAAUUUUCAUCUAAUAUCGCUUUGAAGCAGCUUAACUAUCCUUGAGACGAGGACGUCUUUGGGGCGUGGCACGGGCGGAGAGGAAAAGUCUAAGUGGAGCACUUGUCAGCUGAAGAAAGGAAAAGUGGCGGAAGGUGUGAACACUCAAUGGCCAAUGCUAUUCAGUUGGAUGUGAACAUUUUGUAUUUAAAAUAAAUAUGUAAACGGAUAUAGAUGUGCUGAUUCAAGACAUGUGGAGUAAAUCCAUCGCAUUUAUUAUAAGAAAAAAUAUAUAAGAACAAAGUAGGGCAUUAGGUAUAAUAUUUCGACCAAAUACAAGUUCAUAUCAAACAUCAGUAAUAAAAAUAUCAUACUCUGUUUAAAUAUUGAAGGCACUUUUAAGUAUAAUUAAUCAGGUUUAAGUUGGCUUAAGCCCAGGGAAUUUAAAUACCCAUUAACUUCAUUAAAGUGGCCACCAAAGAGCAGCAACUAUUUGAAUUGAUGACAAGAAAAUCGUUGAACAUAUCAAAGGAGCCACUUUUAAUGACAGUUCAUUUUAAUUUCAUUGAGCUGCAUAAAGCCCGGUAAAACUGCAGGCAGCGAAACUAUUAAAAUGAUUUUAUUAUUCCACCUCCGCCCGCUGGCCAGCCACUCACUUAGCCACCAAACUGGAUCCGUUGGCCUGGUCAACCAAAUAUUGACACACAAUAAGCUGGUCGCAGUCGGAGCUUUUACUUUUCGGCUUUCCUUUUUGGCUCCGCUUAUUUAUUUAUUUAUUUUGCCAUCUACUCCGCUGGGGCACGGGGUAUGGGGCGUGGGGCAUGGGGCAUUAAUGAAAAAAAUAUUUUUGCCCAUUAUGCGCCAAUAUGGUCAGCCAUAUUUCGGUUUAUUUAAUUUUGCGCAAAUAAAACGGAAGUGGCUCUUUUAUUUUCCUUUUUCCAAGAGGAUGUGGAGCAGGAAUAUGCGCUACAUAAAAUCCCGAUGCUGAUGCCUUGCGACAAUGUUCAAAUAUUGGGGAUGCGACGACGACGAUGUUGGCUGGGAAUUUUUUAGCGCAUAUUUUAAGCAAGCAAUUUGUGUAGUUCCAGUUUAAAGGAGGACCUGGUCCUCGCCAGUUGCUAGCUUUCCCAAGAGUAGCUAAAAAUGGAAAUGGCUGUCAUUUCCUUUGAAACGACGACGACUCACGACGACUACCAACGACUGCCAACUCUCCGCCUUGUUACUCCGCAAACCAUCGGCCAUUAAUGGCCGAAAUGAGUUUCCAUGCUCAGCUAUUCAGCUAUUUUGCCAUUUUGCUAUUGGGCGGACAGCAGUAGCAGCAGGAGCAGCAGUUUUCCAACUUCAACUGGCAAUGGCUUAAAGUCUCGCAGAGACAUGCAACCGGAUCGGCCAUUGAAAUAUUAAUUAGUCGUAUAACCGCCUCCUGGCCACCGGGAAUUGCUGCAGUGUUUGCCUGACUGACGAUUGCUGCAGUGCAACCACUCAAAUCUGGUGCCACCCGAACCACCUGCCGCAUCGCACUCCUUUCACUUCCCACUGAUAACUUACGCAACUAAUCUGCGCUAUGGAUGUGUGAGUACGUGCGUCGGGGUUGCGGGGCCAUUUGCAUUUAAUCGGAUUUGGCCAGAUUUCAGGUUGUUCUCCUGAUUCCAGAAAAACGAACAGCAGCCCCAGUCCAAUGUCCAAAGUCCAAAGUCCAUUUGUUGUGUAAUUUCCGUAUGCAGCACGAGUGUUCAUGGCUGGCCGCCGGAUGAGUGGACCACAAGCAGAACUAGUAAGCAAGUGGCAUCAUGACAAAUUAACAUGACCCAGCCGGCUGGCUGCAUGCCCCACACGAUUCUUGACUGCACUUUCCGAGGCAGAUGCUCGCGGAAAGGAAUACUUUGAGGGCAGUUUCAUAUCCCUAAAAUGAUUAUUAUAAAGAAUAAUCUCGACUGUUUUUUCUACAAAUAAAAUGGGAAUUUAUUAUUUAAUUAAAGGUCUUAUAACAUACUAUUGUAUUCUAUAUAGUUUCAAAAAUGUCACAAAAAAUUUAAAUAUUUCAACCAGGAAUAAAAUCGUAAAAUAUGUCAAUACAUUUUUAAUAAUACAUUUUAUACCUCUCCAAUAUUUCUGGCUACUCGUAACGUGAUACCAUGUCCACAUUGCUUCGAAUAUUGAAGCGUAUCCCCAAUAGGGCAACUAAUUCCACAAAGCUGCCACCGCGCGUAGGUAACGAACCGGAAAUGUUCUUAGCAUUUCCGCCUUAUAUCAAAUAUAAAAAAUUACUGCUUUUAGACGUAUUUGACAAAAGUUGUCUGUCACCCGCACUCAGGCAGUUUCGUACACAUGCUCCACCGCCCAUAUAGAGACAUAUAAUUGCAUAAAUCAAACUCAAGCAUGCAACAUGAAAAAUCGCAUUAAUUUAUCUGCUCUGCUCGCUGCUCCUGCAGCAUCCGCCUAUAUGGGCCAGUGCCACGCCCACUUCCACUCCGAAUCCCACGCCCCAACACGCUCCGGAAAGGCGCUGGGUAACAUAUCCGCUUAUGUCAAUUUUUUCCUACCACUCGGAUGGGGACGCCAAUGGAUGGGGGAACGAUGAACGAAUGGGGGGCAGGAGCAGCAUCAUCAGCACUGCUCCUUGUGCUCCCCGUCAUUCCAUUCCAGCCAGUUGUCACUGUCAGUUUUGGCUUCCAGUGUUUUGUCACAGCUCCUGGCCCGGAUUGUCAUCCCCACCUCCCCUUCGCCCAGGACCUCCUCCUGGCCGAUCUAACUCUGAUGUCGCCCGGUUUGUUUGUUUAAAUGCUACAUUUACUUUAUGGAUUGUUGCUAUAUUUUUUCUUCAACUGGCAACCCGAAAACCCGAAAGCGAGAAUGGCGUAUAAAUUUCACGUCAAUUUUUAUACAGUGGGACGCAGGAGCUCAGCUGGGUGAGCCCUUGACUGAUUGUGACCUGUCAGAACUGGCUUCCUUUUAAUAACUUGCCCACACACACACAUCUCCCACAAGCUCACACUGCAGCACACACUACGGACUACAUCCGCUAAUAACCUGGCUUUUGCUCAGUUUCCCUUUUUGCCCACUUUAAGUGUCCUGUUCACGCUACAUAGUUUAAAAUUCUUUAUAAUUGGAUUCCCAGCUUCUAAAGCCCAUUUUUUAUGGCCAGUUUCGGACCAAAGAGUAGCCGGCUGCAUGUCAAAAGGAUUUUACAGUUGACGCGUGCAAACCAAAGCUUUUGCCACUCACCCGAACCCAAACCCCAAGCCCAAACACCAAUCCCCAACCCAAGGCGCUCAUCCUUGGUCGUUUUAUUUUUUUUUGUUUGUGGGCAGCCGGAGGCGGUGGAGAGCGAGGAGAGCAACCUAAAGCGUAACCCCGCCAACACCCACACAUAUGUGUGUGGUUCGGGGAUGUGAUGAUAUGUUCCAUUUCACACGGCAGCGAAGCCUUUCGACCGCACACAGACAUACUCCACAUACUCCGGCCGCAGGAGCUGAGAUUUAUGUUUUCUUGUAAACAAAAUAACGGACAUGCUUGAGGCCUUUCGGUGGAAGGACCUUCAAGGUGCAAGCGGAAAAGGGGUGCCAGGCGAUUCCGACUCCGAGUCACUCAGCCUCGGGCCAUCCGGCUGACAAUGGGAUUAGGCGCAUGUAAACCUGCGUGUUCGAUUUGCAGCUUUCCUGCCCUGCUAUCCCCCAUCCGGAGUUCAAUCGGAUCAUCAUGGAUGUGGCUCUCCUUAAAUGCGAGGAUGUGCGUUGCCAUAGACAUUUUAAUUAUUCAGGGGCUUUUGUGAGGAGUGCGGUUGUCUGUCUGCAUGUAUCCCACUUUACUUGCCCCUUUUUUGUGCUGCCUGUGUUUACGGUUUCCAUACUUCAAGUGACUUUGCUUAUGUUUCUUUAAUGGUCUGCGAGUCAUGUUCUAAAUCGGAAAUCAGUGCGUAUACUUGAUAGGAAUUUAAAAGAUAUCAAGGCGCAAAUGGGGCAACAUUCAACAAAUUCUGUUUAAAGACCUAAGCAAACCUUUUUUAAGAACGGCUCGACAGCGGAAAUCGGCAUACUUGGUGUGAAUAUAAAAUAUUUUAUCGAAAAAAUGGUAGCUCCUUUUUAAAAAAUUUGUUUCAUUCGACUUUUUUAGGCAGGAAAUGUAAAAUUAAUGAUUCCUUAAAGCAAGUUUAGCCUGUUAAUUAAAAUUUUAAGGCGGAUUCAAUAUUUUUCUUGCGAUUGUUUGCAAGGCUUUUAAUAAAAAUUAUUAUCUGACAAUUUCUGUGCUCUCGCAUAUGCGCUUGUUAGUCCUUUGUAAAUGAGGGCCAUUUUCAUUAAAUUUAAUGACUUCGGCACAAGCUGAGGUAUUUCGAUGAGUUUUCGGAAAGUAAAUACCUUUCCUUUGUGACACUGACCAGAUCUCGGAGCUGGUUCCCAAUUAUGUCUAGACAAUGGACACUCCCACUCACCAGCAUAUUUUGUUUUUCAUCCUGUGUUUUUUUUUCAGGUUGAUGCUGAUGCUGGGGCGUCACACGUGCCCAGGACCACUGAGCCUUAGGCUGCCCUUUCAUAUGAAUAUAAUCCAAUUUGCAUAUAUUUCACAUAGUAACAGGGACGGACGAACGAAUAAUUCCUGGAAAGCUGGAUAUCUGGUCACUCAUACGCCGCGUAUGCCACAGGUGAACGGGCCGAUAAAACAAAUGAAGGCGCUGUCCACUUUAAAGGAAAAGGAAAAUUCCCCGGCGGAAAUUACGCACUGCGGGUUAUGUAAAGGAGCGCACCAAGAAUUAUUUCCUUUCUUUUAAAAAAACGUUGGGCUUUUUAUUGCUCUUCACUGAUAUGAUUUUUUCAAUAAAAAUAUCUUUUUAUAUUAUCACAACUAAUUUAAAUUUAAUAUUAUUUUAAUUAAAUAAUUGUUUUACCUUUAAGGUUAGAUAAUUACUUCUAAAAUGUUCAAAACAAAAAACCAAAGUUGUAUUUGUACGCCUUACGUAUCUUAAGUUUUACUUACUUUAAAUAAUUUUCUAAGUGCAAUCCCCAGUGGGCAAGUCAUUCGGAACCGCUGGGCUUCAGUUUUGGUUUCGGUUUCGGUUUCGAUUUCAUGUCUGACCUGGCUAAUUGAGCAAAUCCGCCAAAACGGCUUUUGUUGGCCCACUUCCGGUCGUCCUUGCUGGUGGUCGUAAUUAUAAAUCAAUUGCUGCAAGGGGCUGGGUGUUUGGUUUGUCUUUUCGUUCGAACGCCAUUUGGUGGCCUGGAGUCGGGAAACGGGAGAUAUGGCAAAAAGUUGCGUGACAUUUGGCCAAUCCCUCGGGCGGCGUUUCCCAGACUGCUGGUGCUGCAGCUUUCCGAGAUUCGUGCCUUUUCGCAGGUCUUUCUGUUUGCCAUCGUCCAUCGCCAUUCGUUUGCUUUCAAUAUGCGUCUGGAUGUUUUCAAUUUCUUUUGGAAUUUGUUUUCACGCAAAAAGCGAGCGAAUCAGCAGAAUUCCAUAACCCGUAGUUUGCCGACGGCCGCACACACAGCAGCAGAUACGGAUACGGAUCCGUAUACGGAUACGGAUUUAUGUGUACCUACCAGUACGUAUAAUGUUUUUUAUGUGUUUAUAUUUGAAGCGUUCGCCGCUGCCGGCGGCCUGUUCUUCGCUGUGGUGUGGGUCACAGACUGUGACUUCUUGUAAAUAUUUUCCCAGUUCCGUGCUCCUGCGGCGGUUGUGGGAAAUGGUCCCGUAAACGUUUAAUAAAAUAUGAUUUCAAUUGAUUCGAUACUCGCAUUUAAACCGACUGCUGCUCCAGAUAUACAUACAUAUAUAGUACGUGUGCCGUCCCGCCGGCAAUCAAUAAAGCAAAAAACAAAAUGCCCCAAAGAGAGACUCCACUCCGCAACCUUGUCCUCAUCCUCAUCCUCGUCUCAUCCUAGUCCGCAUCCGCAUCCUGUGUCUGUCCCUCGAGACCGGCGUUCGCCUUGACUUGGCCCUCGGUUAUCCGCUUAGAUCACUCAACUAAAAAACUCAAUUUGCAUAUUAAUAUUAUUUGGGUUUUUUUCCCUGUUGUUUGGCCUUUCCUCAGCCCUUCAUCCUUUUAUCAAACAAGAAGAACAACAACGGGCGGGGAAUCAACAGUAGUGAAUUGAAUUUGCUCUGCUCCGACGCCUUUUCGGUCGUCCUUUGAUUUGGCCAGGAUCCGGGGCAUACUCACACAUGAGCAGCUGCUCCCAGGUGCAUACUUGAAGGCAAUCCUGAGGAGGGAAAGCGAAGGUCCUGGAGCCUUGAAUCCUGCCUUCUUCCAGGUGAACGGGGCACAAAGGCCGAGCUGUCAGUCAGUGUGCCAGGGCAAUUUCGGUUUUAUUGGAAUUAUGUCAGUGUUAUUUUAGCAUAAUCAUAAAAAUGAUUGUUUGCGGCUGUCCGCCGAGACGAAUGUGCAAUGAUGCGAGUGGAUUUUCGGAAUGAUUUGAGUUUGAAGUCGAACCACCCUUGAGACUAUUAGCUAUUGCCCUUAAUUAACUGCUUGUUUAAAUCGGUAAUUAAAAUCAAUUAAAUUAUUAGUGAUACUUUAUAGUAUGAAAUGAUAAGUGUAUUUGAACUUAUGGCAAAUUAAGUAAAUUAAAACCGCUUUAAAAUGUUAGAAGUGUUGCUUUAAUCAAAUGAAGGGGUGACUUUAAAGUGGAGCCCAUACCCAAAGCUUCAAUAAUCACGUGUCAAUUAACUCCGAGCUUCGCCAGUUGAUUGGAAUUCAAAAGCAAAUCAGCAAUGGGGUUGGUUUUCUGACGGAUUUUGGUUUGGUUUCGAUUUCGGGUUUAUUUUGACAAACGCAAAUGAAUCUGAAUAAUUUAUGAUUGGGCCAUGAAUUUAAUAUUUUAUCAGGCCGGCGGCAAUUAAAAUUAGAAUAUAAAUGGGCGACCAUCCAGAGAGACGUCCAACCAGUCAUGUCGUUCCAUCGCUACAGACCCCGUCUGCCCGGCGGAGAGUUGGCUCCGAUGCCGUGGCCGGUGUCCUUGUACCGUGUCCUGAACCACGUCGCCUGGCCCCUGGAGGCGCAGUCGGGGCGCUGGACCGUUUUCCUGGACAAGUUGAUGAUUUUUCUCGGAUUCCUGGUCUUCUGCGAGCACAAUGAGGUGGACUUUCAUUACCUGAUAGCCAAUCGGCAGGACAUGGACAACCUGCUGACGGGCAUGCCCACAUAUCUGAUCCUGGUCGAGAUGCAGAUACGCUGCUUCCAGUUGGCCUGGCACAAGGAUCGCUUCCGGGCCCUGUUGCAGCGCUUCUAUGCGGAAAUCUACGUAAGCGAGGAGAUGGAACCCCACUUGUUUGCCAGCAUUCAAAGGCAAAUGCUGGCCACACGGGUCAAUUCGACCGUCUAUCUGCUGGCCUUGUUCAAUUUCUUUCUGGUUCCGGUGACGAAUGUCAUUUACCAUCGUCGAGAAAUGCUCUACAAGCAGGUGUACCCUUUCGACAACACCCAGUUGCACUUCUUUAUUCCACUCCUGGUGCUCAACUUCUGGGUGGGCUUCAUCAUCACCAGCAUGCUGUUCGGCGAGCUAAAUGUCAUGGGCGAGCUGAUGAUGCAUUUAAAUGCUCGAUAUGUUCAGCUUGGCCAGGAUCUCCGUCGCUCAGCACAUAUGCUGCUGAAGAAAAGAAGCUCCUUAAACGUGGCCAUCGCUUACCGGUUAGUUUUGACCCACAUCCUGCGAAGGAACGCAGCUCUGAGGGACUUUGGCCAGCGAGUGGAGAAGGAGUUCACCCUCAGAAUAUUCGUAAUGUUCGCCUUUAGCGCCGGACUGCUCUGUGCUCUGUUCUUCAAGGCAUUUACGAAUCCCUGGGGAAAUGUGGCCUACAUUGUGUGGUUCCUCGCAAAGUUUAUGGAACUACUGGCCCUGGGAAUGCUUGGCUCAAUUCUGCUUAAAACAGUGGGUGUUUUUACUGCACUCUCUGCUAUCAAAUCUUUUAACAUUCACUUGAAGACAGAUGAACUGGGUAUGAUGUACUACACCGCUGACUGGGAGCAGGUCAUUCAUCAGUCGGACAACGUUGGCGAGAAUGUCAAGCUGAUGAAACUGGUGACCCUGGCCAUCCAACUGAACUCGAGACCCUUCUUCAUCACUGGCCUUAAUUAUUUUCGAGUUAGUCUCACUGCUGUGCUGAAAAUCAUUCAGGGCGCCUUUUCCUACUUCACGUUCCUAAAUUCGAUGCGAUGAGCUAGCUGACUUGGAUUGCUGGAAUAAUUGCGUUGCCAAUCAUUUGGAAGCUAUGCGAUACCUGGAAUCAUUUGUGGCCUGACCCGUGGCCAUUUGUCUGCCCCCGAAAACAGGAUGCAUAACUUCCCAUCCACAACCACUCCCUCCUACCUUUGUGUGCUGGAUAUCCGCUGACAACAAUGGAGCUUUCGAGCGCAUUCAAGGAUAUUAACACGUGCAUGACUGUGAUUUAUGCACCCCCCACUGCAGCAGCAGUAGCAGUAGCAGCGGCAGCAUCCACUGCAAAUGCAACUGCAACUGCAUCUGCCAGUCGGAGCAUCAUCAAUCCAGUGGUUCUCCACUCUCGACUCCUAAGCAGCGAGCACCGCAUUUGGAACGGGCGAAAUUUGUUGCUACGUUGACAGCUGCAAUCCGAAGACGUUACCCGGCACAUAUCCAUAUCCAUAUCGAUAUCCAUAUAGCCAUAACUGUCAGCCAUGACUGAGUGGCAGCAAUUGGCAGGGGAGAGCGGCGGCCGGAGAUAUCGUGGCACUAUAUAUAUAGGAAUCUCCGAGGAUUGGAAGGCGGACUACAUCCGCUCAUCCACUGGCAAUGGCACAAUGCAACAUAUUCCAGUGAAUACAGCGAUGUUCAAACAAGUAGAUGUAAUUGCGAGCAUUUGACAAAUAAAUAGAUUCCAAGAAUCUUUAAUAAACAUACUUGCGGUUAAGCAAAUAUGUUGCAAAACACUGUCUCAAUCUAAAUCUUAAUAAAAGGA